AAACAUCAUUAGGAGGGGAGACGCUUUCCACCGUCAGCGCCGGAGCAGUGAGAGCAGAGCAGAGCAGAGAGCAGGGGAGCACCUGGCAACAAGGAGACACACACAAACUCAACAGCCCCGUUACACCUCACACAACAUUCAAGAACUAUGCUGUCAAUGAGGAUGUGACUUUUCAACCUGAUGUAACGCCAAAGCGUGUAAAAGACCUGCCUGGCCACCAGAGGAUAGCGUGUCAGUGCCACCUUUUGCCUCGCUGAGGAGUGACUAUCCCACGAAUGUAUAAAGGGAAUGGUGACAGCACCUGCAGACAGACGGACGUGGACAGACGGCGCAGGCACCCGGAAAGCUUCCCUCCCGUUGGCGGAGAGAUCCAGACUUCACACCAGGAACUGCAGCUCCAGCCGGUUGUCAGCUCUCAACUGAGCAGCAGGCUCCACAUACUCCGCCCAAGUAGCUCUGCCUCCUCUGCUCAGGGAGUGCUGAGUCCCUGAGUCACCACGCGACAUUCUGGGAUAGUCUGGAACCCUCUCCAUGGGCUGUACCACCUGCUGACAAACCAGGGGGGUCUGGAGGAGUUGUGUUGAAUGAGGAUUGUGCUGGGUGUGGGCAGGCUUGCUUUCGCAAGGAAAUGAUUCCGCAUGAAGUGCGACGCACUCGGCCCCCCGUCGUCCUCGGCGGCAGCAGCAGGUGUGACGUCGUGACUCUCUCCCCUACCGCACUGAGCUCACCCUUCAGCCGCUAAAAGACCUCUGGACCAAACAGACCGCCCUACCCCCUCCCCCCUCUAACCACCCCUCCAUAUCUUCAUCUCCAUCUUUAAUCCUUCCUCGCCUGCUUGUUAGGGGCUGGAUUUUCUUUGUUGUCAAGAAAAGACCUGAUAAUCAACAGCCUUGGGUGAACUGGAUAGAGAGGGCAAUAGAGGAAAGAUUGGGCUACUUAAAGCGAGACAAGGGACAGAUUAUCAAAAGUGGGAAAAAGAGACAGGAAAGUGAAAUAAAAAGUCAGUUAGAGAGAACAAAAAGCAAAGAAAAAGCUAUAGAAGGCCAAAAGUUAAGGAACGAUAACGCAAGUACAGUUGAGGGACGUGAGGCGAAGUCAGCAUGAAGUCCAACCAGGAACGCAGUAAUGAAUGUCUGCCCCCAAAGAAGAGGGAGAUCCCCUCAAGCACAUUACCAUCUGACAUUCGCUCACCCACCAUCCCACCUGCCAGCGACAGCCAGCGCACUGAGAACAUGGCCUGGCUUGCCAGCGUGGCUGGUGGGAACGAGAGUGCUGUGGGUGGACACCGUAGCUCCAGUCAGUCUGACGGCCACCAGUAUAAAUCCCUCUUCUCCACAUCAGACUCUUUAUCCUCCUCUUCGUCACUAAGGCUAGUCUCAUCUCUUCCUACAGUGUAUACGUCCCACCUGUCACAGUCCACAGUUGGAGGAACUGUCCAUUACGCCCAACUGCCUCCCAACAUGCAGUUUAUAGCAUCACCCUACAGCGCCCCGUACGCAGGCUACAUCUCCCCUCAGCUGCUUCCACCUCCUCCCCCACCUCCCCCCUUCUCCUCCUCUUCCUCCUCUUUGGCCGCGCAGAGACACUCGCACACGGAGACGGUCUCUGCCCCUUCACACGCCUCCAAACAUGACCAUCAGAGAGCGUCCGCGGGGCGCACCUCCAUGCCUCCGCCUUCUACAGACCCCGCCCCUCACCAUGUUCAAAUGUCGACCUCAACACGGACUGUGCCGUCACCUCAUUACCAAGGAAGCGUUCACCUUCCUCCCCAGUCGAUGCACCACCACCACCAUCCUCUGGGACAUGGGAUGUCCCAGCUUGUGGUGCAGUAUUCGGACGGACCCGCUAGGAAAGAGGAAAGUGGCCCCAGAUCCAGAGAGCUUCACAAUGGAGAGCUGGAAAGGGGUCGGCGGUAUGGAGUGUCCCCCGAGUCCAACCUCUCUAAGGCGGGGAGCAAAUCACGGGACGCCACUUCGUCUUUGUCCUCCUACGAGGCCCGCCAGCUGGUUCUGCAUUCAGACUACUCUACCCACGAUCCCUCAGGGCUGAGAACCUCUUUCAUGCUAAUGCCCAACAGCCACGGGGACCACCAGCUGGCGCCACCCAGAGCCAGCCCUGAGAAGCUGACAACCUCUGCCCCCGCACACCUGGAGAAAGGUGGCAUCAUCCUGGGCAAGCCUGUCAAUCGCACACCCUCCUCCUCCAACACCACCUCCUCUUUCACGUUUCCACCCCCGUUAAGUGUCGACAGCUUGAAAGCUGCUGUCAGCAGGCUGUCGCCCCAGACCGUUAUCCAGACCACCCACAGCGCUACAGAGUCACUGUCAAUGGGGCUCCCCUCCACCAUCUACCCCCAGUCACCUAUCAUCGGUUACAUCGCAGGGGGCGGCGGGAGCCAGCAUACGCCAAUCAGCUACCACACCAGCCUACAACAGCACUUACUCAUUCCUGGCUCCCAACAGGUCAUUAUUCCUGUCAGUGGAGGUGGAGUCACCACAUUGGAACCUGUAACCUCCCACGUAACAUCAUCCACCCAAGCCUCACCGUUUACCACCACACUCUCGCACACGUACAUCGCUGCCACGGCCCCCAAAGGAGAAACUCUAGAACCCCCCAGCGCCUCGUAUCACCAGGCCGCUUCAGGUGCAGUGGUCCAAGCCCAGCUUCAUCUCCCCAUUGUUCCCGCUCCGCCGGGUCUGGUCGCCACUUCUGCUCCUCCUCCCAACUCGUCCGGCGCGGUGGUGCCUGCCUCACUCCCCCCAUAUUUCAUCAAGGGUUCCAUCAUCCAGCUGGCUGAUGGGGAGCUGAAACGCGUGGAGGACCUGAAGACGGAGGACUUCAUCCAGAGCGCCGAGAUCAGCAGCGAGCUGAAGAUCGACUCGUCCACAGUGGAGCGCAUUGAAGGGAGCCCCACCUCAUCCAACUAUGCUGUGGUUCAGUUCUCUGUUGGUGAGCACCGUGCACAGGUGAGUGUGGAAGUCUUGGUGGAGUACCCCUUCUUCGUCUUCGGCCAAGGCUGGUCUUCAUGCUGCCCAGACCGGACCACCCAGCUCCUGGAGCUGCCUUGCACCAAGCUCUCUGUGGGCGACGUUUGUAUUUCACUCACCCUCAAGAACCUGAAGAACGGAUCCCUGAAGAAGACUCAGCCCCUGGAGCUGGCUGCCUCCGGCUACGGGCACCUCAAACCUCCCAGAGCCGUCUCAGACGCUCCCCAAAGCUGCGGCGGAGGAGGCUCCAGGCACAGCGAGAGGGAGAACGGCAUCGGCCAGCGAGGGAGGGGUGCAAGUGGGAACGGGAGUGGAGGGGGCGCCAAUGUGGAAAACGGGGAUCUCACGUUUUCUAAAUGUCAGGUCGCCAGCAUCGCAGAAGCUGGCGCCACUAAGCCAUCAGGAGGCAGGAAGCGGAGAUGGUCCGCCCCCGAAGGUCGGAAAGUGGAAAAAUUCGAGGAGGAGCCGCCCUUGACCCUGCCCAAACCUUCCUUCCUCCCUCACGAGGUGAAAGUCAGCAUCGAGGGAAGGUCAAAUAUUGGGAAGUGAAGGCUAGCAGGACUGUUCAAUAACCAUCGGGAUUUGGAAAAAAACCCAUAAAAGGAUUCUACAAAAAAAACAUGAAUGCCCACAUUAAUGUUUCAUUUGUCUUGGUUUUAAAGUUUUCCGUUUUUAUUUUUCUAUCUUGAAUACUGUACUGUAGAGGUAAAUUCACCCUACAUGGUAUCACCUUACAUUAAGUCCAUGUAGCUAACAACACAUUUUUUUUUUUUUAUAGAUGGAUUUGAUAUCACGCAAGCGACCGGUGCCGUUUUGGUGGUUUUCAUGAGAUGACUUAUGGUGAGGGAUUUGCGAGGCUGUGUGGCACACGGGAGCAACGCUUGAUGGCUCGUCUUGGCUGGCUACACAUUAUGUAAAUUACUAAUUGAAUUAGCUCACAGUUUGACAGUGAUUUCACUCCCUGGGCACUGCUAGUGAGGCAGCCCGGGUGAAAACACCACCUCUCGCCGCGCCAGUGGUUUUACGUUGGGAGUGAUUUAAUGUCAGCUGAACCUGAGCAUCAUGAUUUUUUAAAAAAUUUUAAAUCAGAUUGAGAGUUGGAAAAGCACCACGUCUUGAGUAUGAACAGCCUGUUCUCAUUCCCAGGGCAUCAAAUACCGAGGCUUUGUCACGGCGGUGAUACCGCCCCAUAAGGCACCCUUAGGCACCGGUAUGAAAUGCAUCGGGCGUUCCAUUAACUACAAUAUAAACCCAUCCGCGGCAAACAGUGAACGCUCAGAGAAAGCACGCCGGGAGUGUAGUGACGUAGUUUAAAGAGCGAAAAGACACACUUAGGGUGGGAGGGAGGGGAGGUGGAUGGGUCCAACAAACACAAGGCUUUCAUCCAGGACACCGCUGU